CGGUCACUGAACCACUGAGUGGCUGGCAGAGGGAGCGCGCAUCUCCAACGUCAGCUGUCCACCGAGGGGCACCCUUAUCACCCCUCCCCAAAGACACGUGUGCACCCGCAAAAACCACACCAGUGCCGUCCACAUUAAGUCCAUCUGCCAGCAGAAUAGAACCAUUUCUCCUUCAAAGGACUUACUCGUACAUUGACUCACCUCGGUAUUACAGCAGCUCUAGGAUCAGCUACGCAUCGACCACCACCAGCAACCAGCACCAGCGACGCCCAUAGCAACGCCUCUGCGCAUCCUCAUUCUGUUUCUCUGACCCAGCAACACCGGCCGCCCUCCACCAACAACCAGCCGGUUUUAUAAACGACCUUCUUAACGUUAUUGCGCUGGAUCCAUCACGCACUGUUGUCCUUUUCUUUUUAUUUCAUAGGACAAUGAACGCGUUGUGUGACGUCCUUCCCUCAUCAGUCAAAGUCACUCUUCAUUGCGAAAGCCCCUCCUCCAGCUGAAACAAAGGGAUCAUCCCUUGACCUCACCUGUACGUUCUGGCCUAUCAAGGACCUGGCAGCGGCACGGCAGCUCCGCCCACUACACCCUCUAAAUGAGGGACAAGGCAACUCAGACCCCUAGGGCCUGGGUAGAUGAGCGGAGGAGAGGAUCUCAUAAGCGAUCGGCUUCAUGCGGCAGCACUGACCAGCUUAAAGAGAUUGCCAAAUUACGCCAGCAGCUCCAGCGCAGCAAACGCAGCAGCCGCCAUCGCCGUGACAAAGACCGCAAGUCACCUUUUAAUGGCAACCAUGCCAUAAUCCAAUCACAGUCUCAGAUGCCCAAAACCAUCCUGAUCCCAAUCCCCAUCUCCAAAUCCACACCUCCCAGAUUCCGGAACAGCAUAGAGGGCCUCAACCAGGAGAUUGAACGCAUCAUCAUACGGGACACUGUGGAACGGGAUGAGAUCAUAAUACCACAGGAUGUUCCAGAUGGGCACCGCGCUCCCCCUCCCCUCCCGCAGCGGAGCAGCAGCACCCGCAGCAUCGACACGCAGACGCCCUCGAACGGUGGGCUCGGCAGUAACCGUAGCAACAACAGCAGCCGGGCUGACUCCGUCUCCCCCUCGUACCUCAGCAUCCUCAAUGACACGGUGGGAAACAGUCCGCUCCCAAAAGAUGACACACUCAAUGAGAGCAGAGAAAGAGACUUCGGACCUUGGUCUCCUCUCCCCAAAUACGCUUCAUCUCCAAAGCCCAAUAACAGUUACAUGUUCAAACGGGAGCCUCCUGAGGGCUGCGAGAGGAUUAAAGCCUUUGAGGAAAACCAGCCAAGACCUCUCCACGAGAUUCCUCCAUAUCUCUGCCCAGACAGGAACAAGGUGAACUUCAUUCCCAAAAGCGGCUCCGCAUUCUGCCUGGUGAGCAUCUUAAAGCCCCUGAUGCCCACCCAGGAGAUGAACUUCCGUAGCGGAGUGGGAUAUCGUAGCAUCUCCCCCUCAUUGGUGCCUCUAGGUGGGGUCGGGGUCAGGAGUCUGUCCCCCUCCAUGGGCCCCGUCCUGUCCCGUGGACGUCAGUCGCCGUGUCUCCCGCGACACCUUGAGGAGCCAGAGGGUUAAAGCCCUGAAAUCCCAGAUGGUGAACAGAAACGACUUAUUUCCCACUGCUGUAUUGUUUGAUUUCAUUUUAAAACAUGCAGUGAUCUAAACAACUCAGAGAGAUGUCGAUCUAAAACUUGAACAAGAAGCGCAUUUGGUAACAAGGGUAUUACGUCUUCUAGGAGGGAUGUGAUUAAGGGUGUUGUAUAAUGUAUAUUGCCAAAAAAAUCUUCGCAUUGCAGUUUAUUACAUUUUACCAUGAAGCCUUUUGGAUUUACUUAUGUACAUAUGCAUUGUUUACCUACAUGUGAUUUGAUUUAGUUGUCAAAUGAAGGAUAUAGAUUGCAGUUUUUCUUGCUUGUGGUUUACAUGCAGUUUGAAUAGUGCUGGAGGUACAGAGAUGCUGUAGCAAAUUCGAGGAGGACUAACAAAUGUGCCUAGAUCCCACCAUCUCAUUUGCUUAAAGUCCUUUUUCAUCCAUGUCUAUGUUGGUCUCUCAAAUGUAUAGAACCCUCCCCCAUAUACAUAAACCUGUAUAUGUGCUUACUGUGAUAUACUGGUGCGAGAGGACAUUUUGAUGGUAGCCUAUGAACAAACUGGACAUGCACUGAAACGUUAUUUUGGAACUGUGCUUCAUAUUACGAUGCAGCAACGCAAAAUCUUACAGUAGGAUUGGUUCUAUUCAAGACUCAAUGCUGUUAUUUGAAGAGUGUAAUGAGGUAAAGCUGUGAAUGAGGUAAAGCUAAGUGUUGGUAAACAAAAUUAUUUUUUAAAAUGCUUAAAAAACAGCAAAACAAAAAGCGGAAAGAAAAAAGGUGCUAAUUCGCGACUAUUUUAUGAGGUGACUAAAUCUUACAAAAACGUAAGAUUAGGAAAAAUCAAUACUGAAGCCCCUCCCCUAACUCCACCCCUAAACCUAACGUCACUGUUGCGAAAGCAAAUCCUACUAAAACGUACAAACCAGAUGAUAUGAAUUUAUAAGAUUUAGCGACCUCGUAAAAGAGUUACGAUUUCCCGUGAGAUUGUAUUGCAACUACAUAAGAGAAAAGCAUGGCUUUGACCGAAAAUAUACGAAUUUCAAUUGUAGCAUCUUUAUACUGUGAUAUAUUCUAUUAGUCAUUCAGUUACCCAACUUUCGUCCUGUAAAAACACAUUUGAACCAAGGAAUCCAACGUAAAACGUAUGUUAUUGCCUUAAUACUGAAAAAUGUGUAAAUUAGACCAGGGGCUGAUAUACAUUGACAGAAAAUUGUAUUCAUUUGUUUUUAGUUGUUAGCCUACCAGUUUACAUCUUAGUUCGACUGUUUAAUAAUUUGUUUGUUUUCUGUGAAAUAACCUUUAAGCUGUAUCCUAAAUCAGAUUUGUGGCAACAAUGAUGGGAGUAACAACACAUACCCCAAACACUUACGGAAAUUUACUCAAAUUUAUUUCCUCUCAUGGGGUACGAAAGCUGAUGCUGGCUCUCCGCUUCCAGUUUCCUUCAAUGAAAAUUUACAAGUACAUUGUUUAUUUAACUGAGACAAAACGGUUGCAUAAAAUAAACAGAAGAAAGCAGCUGUAAAUGG